AUGGCUGAGACUCACGAAGAGGACGCAACCUCCUAGACUGCAUUUGCCUCCGAUUGUGAUGUCUGCAAUGGCCAACGACGAGAAGCUUUCAAGUUUCUUGUGCGUCUCUUCCCUGCGUUCAUUCUUUUGGAUCCAGAUUUGCUCUCAGGGAGCACUUUUGUAGAGGUAGGAAAUCUAGGCUGAUGCAGCUCGUCCAAGGUAGCUGCAGGAUCUUGGGGAUGACAUGGGACGGUCGGAGGACAAUACCUCUGAGUCAGAGGACUGGGGGGAUGAUGGCUGGACUGUGGCCUGUCCGUGCGGUAUCACGUAUGACGAUGGGGAAGAAAUGGUGGAGUGUGAUGCGUGCAGAGUGUGGGUGCAUACGCGCUGCUGUCGGGUCCCAAGGGGUCUGACUCACUACGUUUGUGAGCGCUGUCGAGGGGAGCAGCAUAGGAAGCAGCUUAGGGAGGAAGUCGAGGUUGCUGCACUUCUAGCUGAUCUCCCUUCUGCUAGGUCCACCCCGUUUGAUGAACGCAGCCCCUUCUUCAGCAACAGCAGCACAUCCUUUCCUGACACAGAGCCUGCAAGCCUUGCAGAACGCACUCUGGCCUUACAGAGCCAAACCUCCUUCGAUGAGGGCUAUUCCAUUGACUUCCCCCUCUCUCAACGGGUGCACACACAUGGUGUGACCGGGGGUGAGGAAGUGGCCUUAAGCGGAGCUCCUUUCUUCUCAAAGCAACUCUGGAGACAUCAGCUCAUGGUUCCAAAGCCGAUGGAUCUCCAAGCCCCUGAGCUCCCUUCGCACCUCUUGCUGGAGGCAGACUCUCCCGAUCUGUACAGAGGUCAUGCUGGGGGUCUCCCUUCUAGGAGCCCGGAGCAGCCUCGGCUCAGGAGGGGAGUGCAGGCAAAGGUGGAGAGGCGGAAACGGCUGAUGGAGGUGGUUGAACGCUACGAGCAGAGGCGGCGGCUGCGAAGCGAGGAGGAGAGCAGGGGUGGAGCGGUGUGCAAGAUGGGGGGGCGCGCAGAAACGUCAAGAGGCUGCACGAGUAGCUGCAUCCCGGCAGUGGAGAGCAGGGAAAGGUCACAGGUGUCCAGUGUGACGGUAGCCAAUGGUAACGCCAGUAGUGAGCUCUCCUCGCCUGGGGGUACGUCCUGGACCGGUGGUUAUGUACCAAGAAACCCGUAUGCGCUUAAAAAGGCUGCAGUACUGGAGUAUAUGCAGACCAGUCAGAGCAGGUGUGCCAGCUGUGGCAGUGCUGAGGCCCCUCGUUUCCACGAGGUCAAAGGACUAGAGGGUCCCGUGUGUGACACGUGUGUGGCACGCCACAGGGAUCAGAAGUUCUGCCCCCACUGUGUCCAUAUCUACCAGGAGGAGGAGGAGAAGGCUGCUGAUCCAGGGGUGUGGCUGGUAUGCAUCAUGUGCAGCAGAAUGGUGCACAAGGAGUGCCAGAUGAAGAAGCCGCUGAACGGGACUGGACCUGCGAACAGGAGUUCUUUCCUCUGCUCGGGGUGUGUGCGUGAGAAGAAGAGGGCCAGGCUGGAGAGGGAAGCCAAGCAGCAGCUAGCAGGGGAUGAGGCAGGGGUGGAUGUUGGCAGAGCCUCCCUCAAGUCCUCUGCAGUUCUCCGCUCAGAGGAGCUGCCUCAUGUGACCAGCUAUGAGCUGCCUGUGAUAGGCUUGGCGGAUGAGUGCAGCAGGCCCGGGGGAAACGCGGAUGACUUCAGGGAGGCAGCCUGUAGGACUACAGGAGAGGUUAUGUCUGUCUCAGAUCUUCCAGAGCGACCUGUGCUCCGGUUGAGCAUCAAGAAUGGCAGUGGGGAGGAUAGCUUGGGCGUCCACCUAAAGGACGGGUUUUAUGCGCAACGGCUACAGCUCAUGCAGGACUGCUCCAUUCCAUCGCCCCAGGUAGAUGAGGCUGCUGCUGUGGCUACAGUGGAGGAGGUGGGAGCAGAGGCUGCCCGCUUGUCUGCACCUGAUGCUGGCCAGGAGAAUGAAGGGGGCCGGCAAGAGACUGAGGAAGCCGCUGGCGUACCAACACCGUCUGGGCCGGAACCUGAGCUGCAGCGUCGAGACUCGGACCCUGGCUCAAUAUCAGUCAAGAAUGGAGAUGGUCGGGCGAGCGGUGGCGAGGGGACGGUAGAUUCGGUGUCCAGAAGGCAAGACAGGGCCCCUUCUCAGCUUCCGAGCUCCCCCUUAGCUAGGGCAGCGUGUGCGGCAGGGCCCCAAAAUGGUGCAGAUCAUGCUGCGAGGCCGGGGUCUCCUUCCCCUAGCUCCUCCUCGAAUUCUUCCUCUUCUCAAGCCCAAGACAUGGCGACCCCCCCCGUUCCUCAAGUUGCGCAGGGUGUAGACGCACAUGCUGCAAACCUACCCGUAUCCCCCGCUGACCCUCUCCCCAGAGCCACUACUUCCCCCCGGUCCCACAUCACCAAGCCCCCUUCCAAGCUGCUCCACUCACUCUCCGUCCCUGCCCGACCCAAGGCCCUCAGCCUCUCUUCGAUGGGGAGAAAGUUCAUGGACAUUCCGGACACCCCAGGCUCUGUCACCUCAGAGCACAAGCCUUCAAAGCACCCCCAGGGGGCUGCCAGGCCCGUGCAUCUCGGCCCCUCUGGCCGGCUGACUUCUUCCCGGCCUUCUCAUCCCACCGGCCUGCGCCUACACCACGCAGAGGGACGGUCGUCGCUGCGCCAGCCCUUGGCCAAAGGUGUUCCCAGUCAUCCAGCCCCCCCACUGCCCAAGAAGGAGUUUGUUCCGGCUCCUCCCAACCCCAAGGGCAUGGCUGAGAUGCCCCCUCCUCCACCCCCCGCUGCUCCUAAGCGGCCCGCUGUUACCAGAUCCGGGUCAGAGCCGCACUCUAUGAACGAUGAGGAGUUGGCGCUGCUUUUGCACCAAGAACUCAACAGCUCCCCCAGAAUGCCUCGGGUUUCGCGGUCGAAAAAGCCGGGCGCAAAUGGGGUGAUUCCUUCCAAGCGCUCCAGUUCUGUCCUGGCCACUCCCGUCAGACGGUCACAGAGUGGGGAUGUGGCAGAGGGUAACAAGCAGGAGUCAGACGAGAUGGAUCCUGGGCCUGGGGAAGGGGACAGCGGUGGGGAGGGCCAGGAGCGCAGGGUGAAGGUGGAGGUGGAGCUGGAGGACAGCGAAGAGCUGCCGGCAAAGCCAAGUGCAAACGGGGUGCACACUCUGCCUGAACUGAUCCAGGUUCUGGGCUCGGUGUCUCAGGGAUCGCUGGACAGCGUUGUGGAGGCUGUCAGCAAGCACUGGCACAGCUUGCGGACUGCGGCUGGCGAGCCCUACCCCCCGCUGCAGCGCCAGGCCAUCGUGGAGGCCCUUUCCUGCCACGAGGAGUGGGCCCAACUCGCCAAGCUGGGCCUGCCCACCAAGCGCAAGCGCACCUCCCCCUCCAUCCUGUCCGAUUCAGACGAAGACGACCACCGCGACGACCGUUCGCUUGGGGGGAAGGACGAGACCGUCGACGGCGGAGCUCUGGUCGAUGGCAGCCGGGUUGCGAGGCGCAAGCGCAGUCGGCGGACGGUUGCAGACCUCAGCGACACCAGCGACGCCGACGACGCACCUGCCCCCAAGUCUGUGCUCCCCAAAGACUCCGCGCACCUUCCCUACGCGGAGCACCACUCUUCCCCCAGGACGACGGACCUGCCUCCCGCCAACGGCAACGGACACCGCGCCAGCCCUGUUUCUCCUGGGGGCAGGCCCCUCGCCAACGGCUACUCCCAGCCUCCUGCUCGGUCCUCCUCUUCAGGUCCCUUGUCCAACUCCAGCGCCGGGGAUGAGGAAGCCCUGAGCCGUCGGCAGGGCCCCCCCCGUCGAAAGCGGAGCCGCAUCGAUGCCCGUAUGGAGCUAGGGGUGCGCCAAAGUGGGGGCAGCGGGAGUCCCGAAGAGGAGUGACCCCUCUGGGUCGGUUCCCAAACUGCCCCCAGUGCAACUUCCAGCAAGCGGCUGGGGACUGCGCUUUCGCCCCCGCCUCGAAUGACGGGCACUGCGGGGGAUUUUGACCACCUUCUGUCAGCCACGCACCAUGUGGAGUCCUACCUUACCGUGCUGAUUGCAGCCAGCUCGGAGCUACGCGGAGGCAGCCUUCGUGCAAGAUUGGGUUGGCAGAGGUAGCGAAGCGACAGAUUUCACAGAUUGUAAUAUAGCUUGCGAAUGUAAGAUGAGACAUGGAACGACGCGAUGAUAUUUUUAUCGGCUAAGUGGUGCUGCACCUGCAAUGCGCUCAGGUUUGACUGGGU